AUGCCGCCCGAAACGCCUCUUGAACUCUCCAUCGAGAACUUGCAAGCCCUCAAUCGUCUCAACGACCCAUCCAUACCAAUCCCAAUGACGCCCCAUAACAUCCUUAUCCUCGGCGCCGGAGAACUAGGUCUCUCUGUCCUCGAAGCCCUCACCUCCCACCCCAAGCGUCAACGCUAUUCCGUUCUUCUCCGUCAAGCAACCCUUGAUUCCGCUGCCCCUGAGAAGAAGAAACUAGUCCAGCGCAUUCGCGCCCUCAACGCAGGUUUUGAAGCCGCCGAUGUCGUCAACGCAAGCGUUGAAGAUCUAGCGGGUAUUUUUACCAAGUACGAUGUUGUUGUUUCGUGUAAUGGCAUGGGAUUACCGUCUGGAACGCAGCUCAAGCUUUUAGAUGCUGUGCUUAAAGCGGGUGUUAAGAGAUUCUUCCCGUGGCAGUUUGGGAUGGACUAUGAUGUUAUUGGGGAGGGAAGUUCACAGGAUUUAUUCGACGAGCAGUUACAAGUUCGGAAGCAACUUAGAGCGCAGAGGGACGUUGAUUGGACGAUUGUGUCAACUGGAUUGUUCAUGAGCUUUUUGUUCCUACCAGACUUUGGGGUUGUUGAUCUCGGAAAUAAGAUCGUUAGAGCCCUUGGAAGUUGGGAUAACAAAAUCACCCUCACAACACCUGUUGACAUCGGCCGCGUCACAGCGGAUAUAAUUCUCGAUCCACGGGGUAUAUCACACCAAGUUGUGUACACAGCGGGGGACACGAUAUCCUACGGCGAACUGGCAGAUUUACUAGAUGAGCAUUUUGGAACCAAGUUCAAGCGGGAGGUUUGGGAUCUGCAGGAGCUGAAGAGACAGAUGGAGAGUGAGCCGAGCAUGAUGGUCAAGUAUAGGGAUACGUUUGCGCAGGGACGUGGGGUUGCGUGGGAUAAGAGUGGGAGUGUUAAUGAGGAGAGGGGGAUUGAGAUGAUUGAUGUGAGGAAGUAUCUUGAGGAUAUGGUUGUCAAGGUUGACAAGUCAGAUGAGUGA